AUGCAAACAUUCAAACUCAUAUUUUGUGUUUUUUACUUUUUAAAAGUAUCUUACAGUAAAAAAUCAGAGAUACCAGUAUCAGAGUUUUUAGUAAAAGAACUAGAGGCAGCAGUUCCAGCCUGCUCACUGACCAAGCUAACAAAGGCUCAAGUACAGGGGAAAUGGCUUAUUGAUCAGGCAUCACCAGAAACCAAAACCUGUAUCCUGAAAUAUCUGGAACAAAACCCAGCCGAGGGAUGGGCCUGGUCUCUGCUUGGAAGUUGGCAUGACAACAGACAAGAGAAAACCAAAGGAGAUUUUUCUUUCAGACAGGCCACAAAACUGACAGGGAGACACUCCCAGUUUGUAGCUGACUGGUCUUUUAUUGGGCCAUUUCCCAUUGGCAAGUCUGAGUUUGAUGGGGAUCCAUUGGCUGCUUAUGGAGGGAUCAGAAAUGUGUCAAAAUACAGAUACCAGACCAAGCCUGCAGGGAGUUUUUAUAGCGAGAUUGUUAAAGGGGGUGGGGUGAGUUGGAGUGGCUUGAAACAGAAAGCAGCCAACGAUGUUGUCGUUGUCAGUCCAAAAGUGGACUGGAAUGAGCUCAUUAGUGCACUGGGGUCAUUGGGGAUUACAGAGUGGCAGGGCUGGGCAGUUGGUCAGAUGUUGGUCAAUGAGGACAUGCUACUCUCCUACCAGUGUUUGGGAGUGGCCAGGUGUUUUCUUGGUCCAACUCUGAUCGCUGGAGAUCUCUAUUUCAGGAAGGAUUUUCAAUUUCCUGUUGCUUUACCAAGGGGAGUUCAUUCUGUAUUUGUUCCAUUGAGGUCAAAGGUGACUGCUAAAUUUAGAUUCUCUGUUUUAAAAGUCCCCAACUUUACAGUGAACUCCCCCAUGUUUCUGCCAGACAUCCAGUGGGGUCACCUGCCUAGCAAUGCUUUCUUACCUGUGCCAGUCUCUAAUCAAAUGGGCAACAGGUGGUUAAAGAUUAUCAAGGUCAAGGUUGAAAGUCAGUCGGAUGGGGAAAAACUGGAGGUCAACCUGCUGAACAAAAUGAAUGAAAUAGCCCCUGGUCAAACUAAAGUCAUAGCACUGCACCUGAAACUCAGUCAGCCGUCCCAGGAUUCCCAGCUAACAUCCCACUGUCAUGAUGUCACCAUUGACAUCCUGAUGAAGACAUCCGAAGGCCAGGAGAAUAUUCCAGUAACUCUGAGGUGCCGCAACAAGAAAAACUCUUUUUUGUUUACAUUUGUUGACCACGAUGGUUCCAUCCAGCACGCCGCGGCCAUUGAGCCAAUCGGAACUUGUGCUGGCCACCAGUGCCCUACAUUUCUCACGCUACAUGGGACCACAGUUCCACCCCAGAACCAGGCGGACAGCUACAAGAAGAUGGUCAAGGGAGAGUUCCAGUUUGGUGUCCACAAGAUGUGGCUCCUGGCCCCAACAAGGCAUGGGGCACAUAACUGGGAGGGGCCUGGUGCCCUGACUGCCAUGUCAGCACUGACGUCACUGUCCGACAUGACCAAAGCUUCUACUUGGCUUGAGACCACAGCUGACCCUACUCACGUUCUUUUUGCAGGUCACUCCAUGGGUGGCCAUGGGGCGUGGCAUCUGGCCACACACUACCCAGACAGGGCCAUUGGUCUGAUAUCUUUAGCCAGCUGGAUCAAGAAGGAAGAAUAUGGAGAUAGCAAUCUGUUUUUCAAACAUGAUGUAGCCACUAGCCACACUGACCCCUCACUGAAAGCUGUCAUGGAGGCUUGUGUAGGUGAGAAUGACGCCGACAGACACAUCAGCAACCUCAAGGGUGUUCCAGUACUGGUCAGGAUUGGAGCAGAAGAUCGCACAGUUCACCCGUACUAUGUCAGACGUAUGCUGCGACUACUGACAGAACAAGACAUCAGUGUCACCUACUCAGAGUUACCUGGCCAAGAACAUUGGUGGUGGGAUACCAAAGCUACAAAUGAUGGUGGAUGUGUGAAUGAUGAGCAAGUCAGGACAUUUAUCUCCACAACUCUCUCCUCUGUGAGCUCCCCCAUUGAGGGGUCAUGUUCUAAAGAUGGGGAGGGGUGCUGGGGCAGCUCUGAUACAGGAAUGUACAAGCACCAUGACACGUACACCCUUGUGACAGUAAACCCAGCUGUUGGUGAGGGUCUUAAAGGUGUUAGAGUGCUGCAACAGAUGGUUCCAUUUAGAGCAAGUACUGUGGGGAUCAGCCUCAAAGAUGGGAGUGUGGGCCUUACAACAAAAAAUGUUCAGUGUCUUGAAAUAACUAAAGACAUCCCCAACAGAAACAAACAACUGGAGAAUAUUGAAGUUUAUGUUAUAGAUGGUGAUGUACUAGAUCUAAAGAAAACAAAUGCACCUUUUAUUUUCUGUUUUGUGCGAGAGAGCAAGGGAGGCCACUGGAGGCAUGUACCUGAUCUUUUCUCCAACGAUUCCGUCCGUGGUCCCCACAACUUGGGCCCUGCCAGAAGGAUCGCAGAGCGCCAGCUUGUCAUUAUUAUUGGGACACAAAGUGACCAGCUGACAACCCAGCUGCUGACCAGACACGCAGCCUACAUCGCCAACCAGUUUCUUCUCACAUCUGAUACUGUGGUGACCAUCAAAGAAGAUACAACACUAGAUGAAUCUCAGCUUGAGCCCAUGAAUUUGAUCAUCUUAGGGAGUCCUAAAGAAAAUUCCUGGACUGAAAAAUAUUUAAAUCGACUUAAAGAUUUGCAUAUAUCUUAUGAUCAAGGCUCCAAUAAAAUGACCGUCCAACUUGGCAGCCUGUGUUUGUUUUCUGCUGACAGGACUGGCUUGUUUACACUGGCACCUCAUGGACAAGGGCUAGCUCUGCUCAUGAUGAGUCCAUCUCCAGAGGGUCUAGAGGAUGUUGUCAACUUAGCCACACCCACUAUACCACCUAUGGCAAGAUCUCCAUUCUCCAACUUGCUGCCAGAUUUUGUCAUCACAGGACCAGACAUUGGCCUGAAAGGUCCAGGAGGGUUUGAGUGUGCUGGCUUCUGGGACAACCACUGGAGCUUUUCUACCAACUCUGCUUCAUGUGUCUGCUCAUAGUGCUAGUUUCUGGGACAACUCUGCUUCUUGUGUCUGCUCAUAGUGUUAGUUUCUGGGACAACUCUGCUUCUUGUGUCUGCUCAUAGUGAUAGUUUCUGGGACAACUCUGCUUCAUGUGUCUGCUCAUAGUGCUAGUUUCUGGGACAACUCUGCUUCUUGUGUCUGCUCAUAGUGUUAGUUUCUGGGACAACUCUGCUUCUUGUGUCUGCUCAUAGCGCUAGUUUCUGGGACAACUCUGCUUCUUGUGUCUGCGCAUAGCGCUAGUUUCUGGGACAACUCUGCUUCUUGUGUCUGCUCAUAGUGAUAGUUUCUGGGACAACUCUGCUUCAUGUGUCUGCUCAUAGUGUUAGUUUCUGGGACAACUCUGCUUCAUGUGUCUGCUCAUAGUCCCACCUGACACUUUCACCAUCAACAUUUUAUUCAUGACUUGCUUCAGCUGUCUCCAACAUGGUUGCUCAUUAUUUUAAUGUUUCAUGAUUUUAUUCAUUCUCUAACUUUAAGUUGGUCACAUUUUUUUGGCCAAAUUGGUGUUAUGAUUGGUU